UAUAUAUAUAUAUAUAUAUAUAUAUAUAUAUGUGUACAAAAAAAUGACAGUUUUUCAACAAUUUUAAACAAAAAUGAAAACAAAAUUUCAACAAAAUUUUAUUUUUUAGGCAAAGCUCAUGCUUGUAAAUUUUAUGGUUGUGGUCGCAACGAUAGGUUUAAUUAUUUGGUUAUGAGUUUACAAGGUAAAAAUUUGGCUGAUCUUCGACGAGAAUCUCCAAAACAGUCAUUCUCUGUAUCAACGGCAAUUCGCCUAGGACUUCAAAUACUAAACGCUAUACAUGAAAUUCAUUCUAUUGGUUUUCUUCAUCGCGACAUUAAACCGUCUAAUUUUGCUAUGGGUAGAACACUUUCAACAAUGAAGAAUGUCUAUAUGCUCGAUUUUGGUCUAGCUCGUCAGUAUCUGAACGCUAAAAAUGAAAUUAGAAGCCCAAGAAGUGCCGCUGGUUUUAGGGGGACAGUUCGAUACGCUGCAGUAUCUGCACAUCGAAAUAAGGAAAUGGGUAGGCAAGACGAUUUAUGGUCGUUAUUCUAUAUGCUCGUCGAAUUUUUGCAAGGUUCUUUGCCAUGGCGAAGGAUAAAGGACAAGGAUGAGGUUGGACGCAUGAAAGAAGAAAUUAAUUUUGAUCGUUUAUUGGAAGGCUGUCCGAGAGAACUUCAUGAUUUUGCUGCUCAUCUUCAAACUCUCGGAUAUCCAGACGAACCAAACUAUGAAUUCCUAGAAAACUCAUUGAAAAGCAUUCUCGUCAGGCAUAAUAUUACUUUCACCGACCUCUACGAUUGGGAACUUGGUUAUGAAAACUUAGGUGUAAGGGUGAAACAAAAUGGUAGGUUAAAAAAAUUAUUCGCUUACAGAAUACCAGCUUAUUUAUUGAUUUUCAGAGGUCUGGAAACUCAAGCACCACUUACUAUGGGAGAAGAUGAUGACGAGCACACAGGAAUUCAUGGAAAGUGCACUCCCGUCGUAUACGAUAAAGAACAUCAGGAAAAACCGAAAUAUAAACGGCAGGAAUUUAUGAGACCAAAGUAUGGAGCCGUUAGCUUCGACGUUAUUGAUGCUGUUAAUGCUCGUUUGGCUGCAGCUAGUGGAAACACAGAUAUCUUUGCUAAUAUGCGAGUGGAGACCUCUCUCGAAAAUGUCAAAAAAGACGAAAAGUGUGGCGAUGUUGAAGUUAGUUCACUGUUUCCCAAUUAUCUGAUCAUUAAAACCCCUUUCAACUACAUCAUGGCACAGAUUUCAAACGGAAAACGGUAUGGCAGAAAACUAAAUUAUUUAAAUACGUCUGUAGAAGGAACGUAUGCUCAGGCAGAUGAUGACGCAUGUGGCAGUUCACAUCUGAAGGCACAAACGAUCGUCAGUCGCUGGCACAGUUAG